GGGAAGCAGCAGCGUGCCCGCUCUUGCAGCCGCCGGCGUAGGCGGGACUGGCCGGGCGGGGGCUCGGCGGGGAAGGGGCAGGGGCGCGGCGGGAGCCCCAUUGGCUCUCCUCAGCGGCACAUGUUGCUGGCCCUUCUAUAAAUGCAGCCGCGGUCCCGCUGCAGCGCGUCCGUCUGCUUCUGCGCUUCCCCGGGGACACCGCCAGCCUCCGCGCCGCCGCCAUGGCCAUCGAUGCGUUUUUAGGCAAAUGGUGCCUCGUCUCCAGCGAGGGCUUCGAGGAGUAUAUGAAGGAGCUGGGUGUGGGUAUGGCCAUGAGGAAAAUGGGAAGCAUGGCUAAACCAGAUGUUUAUAUUAUUAAGGAUGGGGACACAAUCACUGUAAAAACAGAAAGUACCUUCAAAACUUCACAGUUCAGCUUCAAGCUUGGUGAGAAAUUCGAGGAAAACACAUUAGAUGGCAGGAAAACUCAGACCCUUGUCAGCUUAAAAGAUGAUGGGUCAAUGAUUCAGGAGCAGGAAUGGGAUGGCAAGAAGACCAUAAUAACACGGAAAUUAGUGGAUGGACAAUUGGUGGUGGAAUGUGAUAUGAAUGGUGUGAAGUGUGUUAGAGUCUACCAGAAAGCAUGAGAACAUCUUCAUGUUCAUGAGAACUUGCUACAAACAACUCAGUUCAGUGGACAGAGCUCCUUUACACUCCGUAUUUUCCUUCUCCCUAUUUUCUAGUAUUUCAGUGGACUGAGUACUGAGUGCAAUGCUUUUUAAAAGCUGUGGUGUAACUAUUAUGUAACUAUUCUGAAUUUGUGAGGCUAUUAAAUAAAAUUGUCAAAUGUAUGAAGUGGAAAUGUUGUUACUAUAGUGGAAUUUUAAAGUGUGGGUUUGUCAAAACUCAGCUUGGUUUUAGGCUCUACAACAAACUGACUUCAGUUCAAGAUAAUACUUUAUGUGGCAACCAGCAGUUAAAAGCAAGCUGUAUUUUGACCAGUAGCCUUAAUUACUAAAGUAGUAAAAUCCAAAACAUAAAAAAAGCAUGCAGAGUUUAAGCUCUAGAGUUGUUUCUAAUUUCCAUGUUAAGAAGUCAGUAGAAUUGGGUGGGUAAAAAUAAGAGAGAUGGGCUUUGAUAUAUAAGCAGAUGAAUGUAUUUUCAGGGGUUAGUUUUUUUUCAUGUUUCAAAUCCACAAAUUUCUUAUCUGAAAAAAUAUAUACUGCCAAUGGACAUGAUAAACUUCAGCAAACACAUACAUGGUUUACUGAAAAGAAGCCUUAUUUUGAGAAGACUCUGUUUUCCUAGCAAAAUUCUUAUUUCUACUCCAGUAACAUUCUGAGAAUUCUUAACUGAAAUCUACUGAAAUAUUGCCUAAAACUUAAAGCCUCAUUUUAUUUUUAUUCUAUUUUUUUUAACUGGCUUGAAACAUCUAGCAAUGGAGUUUAUAUGCUUUGAAGUGCCAUAAUAAAUAAUGAGAAAAACCA